GGGAACGCGAAAAGGCUUUCCUAGUCUUAGGGCAAAGGGCCGGGAUCUGCUGAAAUGGGGCGUCCGAGUCCAAAGUGCUUCAGGCUGAUUCUCUGAGCCUGGCUCCCCCCUCCCUGCCCCCCCCCAGCAGCCCCUCCAGGCCAGACAUUCAGCCCCAGGCGAAGCCGGGCUGUGGAGAGGGGGGAGUGCCUCAGGCACCUGUUGAUAGAUAGAGCAAGAUGGAUUGAGCGGCAGGGAGGGGAAGUUUGGUUAGCAUGGGUCACCUGGGAGUUGCCCCUCCCAAGCCCCCUCCCUGCCCCCCCCACUGAGAGUUUAUAGCUACACCUGGCUUGAAUCAGAGACCCAGUUCCCUUCUGACGGCACCAUGAAGUGGGGGCUUCUUCUCUUGCUUGUGGGGCUCCUUGUGGGACUUCUGGGGCCCGAGGCUUCGUCAGCCGCUCCGGCCUCAGGGACAGAAAAAGCUGGCACCUGCCCCACGACAGUGACGACUAGUGGGAACUGCACGGAAGAGUGCCAGUCGGACGACAGCUGCGAGGAGAACCAGAAGUGCUGCCCAAUCGGUUGUGGGACGUCUUGCCAAGUCCCUGAUGGUACUUAUGGCUCCCUUUCAUUGCUCAGCCCGUCCGUGGCCGCGGCUCUGACCCGGCAAACCCUCCCUGGCCGUCCGCUCUGGCUCGGGGCCCGGGGAGUCGCGGCUCGUCUUUCAACAAGCUGA